UGAAGAAUUUCAAGUAUCUAUCUCACUUGCUUAUUAAAAAAAACCUAUCGCACUCGUGUCGUGCAAGUAUAUAGAGUUGAUAAAUGAUAAUGGUAAGGUAAAGACUCUAAACAACUGUUAGAUUUGUUCAAGAGACUAAACUGAAAAAAAAUACAGAACUUCUAUAUUUCCGCGUUACAUUAUUCAACAAAACAUCAUCGAAAAAAUCUUUGUUUUCGAUCUCAUUGUCUUCUCUUCUCUUCAGAUCGAUAGAUCUUAACUUCAGUUUCCGAAGAUUUCAAGCAUUUUGUCAUCAAUGGACGAUGCCGGAGUCUCGAAAUUAACUGCCAAACUGAAGGAAAUAUUUCAAAAGUGGCAAACGGGUUCUAAAGAGUGCGACGACGAACAUUCCGUUGCGAAUAAUGUUGGCAUAUCACCGAUGAUUAACAAGAGGCUAAACAGUUUAAUGUUCUGUGAUUCUGAUGAAGAUAGCUGCAAUAGUCCUAAAGGACCACAUGAUGUUCCCAAAGGGUACUUAGCUGUUUAUGUUGGCCGGGAGCUUAGGAGGUUCAUCAUUCCAACAAGUUACCUUAGUCACUCUCUUUUCAAAAUGUUGUUGGAAAAAGCUGCUGAUGAAUUUGGUUUUGAUCAGAGUGGUGGACUUACAAUUCCUUGUGAAAUUGAGACUUUUAAAUACCUUCUCAAUUGCAUGGAGAAUACCCAGUUUCAACAUGAUGACAACAACUCAGCUGGAAACACAUGAGCUGUGGAAGAGUGAAUAAACUAAUCUGAUUUUAUAGAGGUGGAAAGCACAGUGCUGGUUUCAAGUGUGAACAAAGUUUCCCUUGAUUCUAUCAUUUAUUUAUUUAAUUUCAUUGAUACAAAAAAAAAUUAGAAAUAUUAUUUAUUUCCUAUACAAAAAUUCAUUGAUACAUUUUAUGCUAUGAUAUUUAAGAACUGUACCCAUUAAUAUUGUCCUUCAUUCCUAAUCCUUGUACUUUACCUUCUAAAUUCUGUUUACAUAUUCAAAUGAUAUAAACUGAAGACUAAUUUUCAUG